UAGAAGACACUAGACAAAUCGUUUCGGAAUUACGUUUUCACGCGGGUGUUCACCAGUGUGUAAGCAACUCAACAAGCGGAACGAAACUGAACGUCAGUGGUCGAUAUUUUGCAAGUGUUAUUCAUAAUGUCGAUGAUGAAAGUGGUGGUCUUCUUAGUUGCUGUUGCAGCAACCAGAGCUUUGCCGCUCUCAAAAGUGCACGUGAAAUUUAUUUCUCCUCCGCACAUUUAUGAGCACGGUAUUACGACAGACGGGGAUCGGACGAUAGAUCAGACGUCUUACGUCUCUAUUGGGAGAAGAAGCACGACAGGAAACCCUACAGAAUUUGGGCAACGAUUACACAACAAAGGUAACGUUGCACCAUAUAUAAAGCCGGAAAAUGCAGAAUCUCUGUGGCCGGUAGGCGUUUUCAUUCCACCAGUGGAUAUCAAUGAUCUUGGUUACAGUUCGCGAGAAUCAAGGCAUAUGACACCUGACUUUUCCAAUGGGCUUGAAUACCACGACCCGUAUUUAUUGACCGGUGAGGAAGCAAUGCUCGCUGUAAAAUAUCUUUAUAGCCAGGGCGAGUUAUUUUACGAUGAUAUUCCACAUGAAAGAGCACUGCUGAAAAACCAGGAAGAAAGGAGGCGAAACGGCCUUCAUGGGCACAUAUUGAGAAGUUUGAGGCCCACCUCGCCAUUCUCUAGAAAAGCUUAACGUAGAGGAAUUUAUUAACAGUAAUGUUAUUUAUUUAUGAAUUGACUAACGGACAUCGCAUGUUGGUAAAAGAAAAUGAUAAGGUCUUUUUAAUAUCAAGCAGAAAAUGUAUCCCAUCUUUAUUUAGUAUAAUUCGAAAAAACCAACUUCUUUGCUUCCUAUUUUGAAAUUCUUCAACAUAAAAAUAAUUACAUUUUGUCUUUUUACGCAGUCCGCACUCAACAGUCUCGCAAUUGUAAUGUACACAAAUGAUCGUGACCGCUAUUAAUUACAAUAAAACAUCGUACUAAUCACCGUACAACGU